AUGUACAUCAAGCAGGUCAUCAUCCGUGGCUUCAAGACCUACAAGGAACAGACGACGCUGGACGAGGACUUCUCCUCCGGCACCAACGUGGUCGUCGGUUUCAACGGUUCUGGGAAGUCCAACUUCUUCCAAGCCAUCCUCUUCGUUCUGUCCGACCAGUUCAGCUCCCUGCGCGCGGAGACCCGGAAGGCGCUUCUACACGAGGGCGCCGGGCAGGCGGUGCUGACGGCUUACGUGGAGGUGGUCUUGGACAAUUCCGACCGCCGCAUCCCCUUGGAAACCGACUCCGUGUCCAUCCGGCGCCUCAUCGGCGUGAAGAAGGACGACUGGCUGCUUGAAGGGAAGCACGCAACCAAGGCGGAGAUCUUCGGACUUUUGGAGGGCGCCGGCUUUGCGAAGACCAGCCCCUACUACAUCGUGCAGCAGGGAAAGGUCAGUGAGCUGACGAUGAUGACGGACGCCCAGCGCCUGGGCCUUCUGAAGAGCAUCUCCGGCGCGGGCGUGUGGGCCGAGAGGCGCGGGGAGUCUGUGAAGAUCAUGGAGGACACCUCCACCCGGAAGAUGCGAAUCGAGGGCUUGAUCUCGGACAUCGAGCAGAAGCUGCAGAACCUUGAGGAGGAGCAGCGGGAGCUGCGCGAGUGCGAAAGGUUAGAAGCUCGCCGCCGCACCCUGGAGUAUGCCCUGGCCGAUCGGGAGUGGCGCUCCGCGCAGCAGCGUAUCGAAGUCUUGGAGGACAAGCGGUUCACCGCCUCCAAGGAUCUCCGGGAUCUUCAGGGCAAGGUCGCCGAUGUUCGGCAGCGGGCCGCACAGGCCGAGGCGGAUGCAGAGAAGCUCGAGGAGCAGAGAAGGCUGGCGACCGAGGCCCUGGCAAACCUCGAGACUGAGCGUGAUCGGAGGUUUGAGGCUCUCACCAAGGCCGGCCUGGCUGCUGAGGAGGAGAGUCGGCAGCGCAAGGAGGGCGAGGCACGAAACGAUCAGAAGCUAGCCGACUUGGCCGCGGCACGGCAAAUGGUCCAGGAAGCCGCUGAAGCGGUACAGAAAGAGCAACCGGAGGUCCAAGCGGCCGAGGCAGCAUUCCGGGAGCUGGAGCAGCAGCGGCAGGUGGCUGCAGCUGAGCGAGAGCAGCUGCUGGCAAAGCAAGGCCGGCGGCAGCAGUUCAGCAGCGUCGAGGAGAGAAACCGGGCCCUGGAUCAAGAGCUGGCAGCACGAGGGCAAAAGCUGGACGAGGCCCGACGCAAGAUCGAUGUUUGCAACGAGCGCGAGCGCAAGAGGGAGGAGGCCCAGAAGAAGGCCACAGAAGUGGCGGGCACAGGUCGGGCGGAGCUGGCCGGCAAGGAGACGCAGCUCAAAGAUUUGGGCCAGGAGGUGAGGAGCCUUGGAAGCCGACUGGACAAGCAUGCAGAGGACCUGCGCCUCCUUCACCAGGAUCGCAACAAAGCCCUGCGGGACUUGGACACACUGCGCAAGGAGGUCACGACUUGCCGGAACCGGCUGGAUGGGACCAUGCCCAGAUCAAACCGGCAAGCCGUCUCAGCUGUGCUGCGCUGGGCUGCGGAACAGGGCAUGCAGGACCGCAUCAAGGGAACCGUCUUAUCCCACAUCGAGGUUGCUCCGACCUUCCGCGCAGCAGUGGAAACCUUUGCCGGCACCGCCCUUUUCAACGUCCUCGCCAUGGAUGACGAUGCUGCGGCUCAGGCGGUGAAGCAUGUGAGGGUGCGGCGUUUGGGUGCCGUUGUGGUGACGCCGUUGAGCCAGCUCACCGCCAAGACCCACAAGUUUCCGGUCAUGGACGGUGUGAAGCCUCUGGUCGACGUGGUGAAGUGCCCAGAGUGGGUCCGGCCGGCCGUGCAGCAGAUCUUUGGUAGGGCAGUGGUCUGCUCAAGUAUGGAGCUGUGUGAGGAAGUCGCCCGGCACCACGGCAUCGACGCGAUCUCACUGGAUGGGGACAGGGUGGGCCGCAAGGGCGUCAUCACCGGGGGCUUCCAGGAUCCCCAGCGCUUUGUGCGCCUCAACCUCUCCGAGGCGAUCCGGGUGGCCGAGCAGAAGCUCCAUCAAGCAGAGAGGAAGAUGCCCGACUUCGACGCCCAGAUCGAGACCGUCACCGAAGGGCAGAAUGCCCUGCACAUGGAACGAGACGGCAAGCACCAGCAGCGCGAGAAGCUCCGGGCGGAGAUGCAGCGCUUGGUCGAGGAGGUGAAGACGGCCGAGGAGACGCUGGCGCGCUGCAGCCGCGAGGUGACGGAGCUAAGGGAGUGGCGGCACCGAAUGGAGGUGCUCAUCCGCGAGGGCGAGGCCUCCAUGGCCCUGAAGCGCGCCGAGCGGGCCUCCAGGUCCCUCAACGGCCUCACGGCGGCGGAGGAGCGGCGGCUGCAGGCGCUGACCGAGCAAAUCCAGGAGCUGCAGGGCCAGGAGCUCCAGGCGCAGGAGGCGCUGAAGGUGCUGGAGGCGAGCCUGGAGGAGAAGCAAGCGCAGCUGGAGAGCUCCCUGAGGCCCCGGCUGCACUUGCUGGAGCUGGAGGUCGCCAGCACCUCGCAGGAGGAGACGGCCGAGCGGGCGGAAGAGGCGGUGCAAAUCCAGGGCCGCAUGCAGAAGGAGCACAGCGAGGCCCUGAGCCGCUUGGCCAAGGAGAGCGAGGAGCUGAGGCGCCUCGGGGAGCGCUGCGGGGAGUGCCAGAAGCACCGGGAGGAGCUGGCGGCGGAGGAGCAGCGCAGCGCGGACCAGGCCGCCCAGGCCUCCGUGCGCCUGGACCAGAUCCUUGCGGAGCAGGCGGCUCAAAGCAACAAGAAGGCCGAGGUGGACACAAAGCUCCAGGGCCUUGCUGCAGCACCAGCCGAGGUGGAACAAUGCCGUCAGCUUGCCAAGGGCGAGCUGGUGCAGGAGCUCUCGGAGGCCGCCCGGAGGUUGCAGGGCUUCCAGCACGUGAACCGCAAGGCUGUGGAGCAGUUCGAGAACUUCUCAGAGCAGCUCAAGGACCUGCGCGAUCGCAAGCAGGAUGUCGAGAAAGGAGAGGCUUCCAUUGCGGAGGCUAUCCAACAGAUCGAUGCACAGAAGGAAGAGUCCGUGCACCAGACACUCCGCAAAGUGAACAGCAACUUCCAGCAGGUCUUCAGCGAGAUGGUCCCAGGAGGUGUGGGCCAGCUGCACGUGACGCGCCAGGGCCAGGGUGAGACGCAGGAGAGUGAGCCAGGUCUGGGAGACAUGCUGGGUGUGCGCAUCGAGGUGUCCUUCACCGGGCAGGCGCAGUCCUUCCUGUCCAUGCACCAGCUUUCCGGAGGCCAGAAGACCGUGGUGGCCUUGAGCUUGGUUUUUGCCAUCCAACGCCUGGAGCCUGCUCCCUUCUACUUGCUGGACGAGGUCGACGCGGCCCUGGACGCCUCUUACCGCACGGCCUUGGCGAACCUCAUCGCGCGCACCGCCAAGACCUCCCAGGUGAUUAUGACCACCUUCCGCCCCGAGACGCUGGAGAAAGCCGACCGCUGCUACCGGGUCUACCAACGGAACCGCGCCAGCCGGAUCGAUGCCGUGAGCCGCGAAGUGGCCGCCGACCUGCUGCGUGAGCAAGACCGCUUGGCCCAGGCUGAAGCCGAAGAAGCACUCCGCGAAGCCUGA